GACACAUCAUAUACAGCACUCGGUCAACACUGGCAUUCAUCAAGUACCGGGUAGAAACAGGAGUAUCUGUCAUACCGACAACCACGAUAAGUGAACCUGUACGACCUUCAGAGGGCUGGCUAUAUCACAGAGGUCACGCUCGGAUCACCCUCCUCAACCCCCAAUCUCAACAUGUAUCAAUCUCAAUAUCCACCUUCUUCUUCCUCUUCCACUUUCCCUCCUCCCACGGGAUCCUCUUCUGGUCCUUACCGUACUCAUAUGAUACCUGUACAGGUCAAACAACCAUACACAACUGCCUCUUUUCCUCCACCACCCGUACCCCCUCAGACGGCCUUCUCACCCAUGCCCUCUGGUGCUUCCGCCCAUUCUAGCAGACAUCAUGCACCUCAACAACCUCACCCUCCUACCCAAUACCAGCAUUACUCUCGAACAGCUAAUGCGAGAUACAAUGUCCCACCUACUUCUGCCGGCGUUCAACCGCAAAGACACAAAGGUACGUUGGCACCAGGCCAAAUGGUACAAAUAGGCGACUACCAAGUUCGCGUGGAGAGGUAUCUCUCUGAAGGUGGUUAUGCUCAUGUUUAUUUGACAACAUCGGAAAAACCUAUCUAUCCUCCGACUCAGAUUGAGAAAAGGGGUAGAUGGGGCGAGAAAGGAUACACUCAACAUUGUUUGAAGAGAAUCGCUUUUGAGGACGAAGCAGUGUGGUUGGAUGUGAAAAAGGAAAUUCAGGUCAUGAAAUAUUUACCGCCAAACCCACACCUGACUCAAUAUCUCGCAUCAGCUCAUAAUCGUUUGUCCAACGGCACCCACGAGGUUUUCAUCUUGAUGGAAUACUGUUCCGGUGGUGGAAUCAUAGAUCUUCUGAACAAACGUUUGCGAGAUCGACUGAAAGAAGUCGAAAUUCUCAACAUCUUCACCGAUGUUUGUGAAGCUGUCGCCGCUAUGCAUUCACUUCCUCAACCACUCCUUCAUAGGGAUCUCAAAAUUGAAAAUGUUCUCUCUGUCAACUCUUCCUCUGGUCCAAGUCCUCAACGCCCCAUGGGACUCAUGUUUAAACUGUGUGAUUUCGGCUCAACCACCUUUCCUGCCAAUCAACCUCCAACGAACAAAACCCAGGCAGAUGCUCUGGUUUUGGAUCUCAAUAAGCAUACGACACUGCAAUAUCGCAGUCCUGAAAUGGUGGAGCCUCUCCUAGGUCUUCCAGUUGGAUUACCAAGUGAUGUGUGGGCCCUCGGCGUGCUUCUGUACAAGUUGUGUUAUUACACCACCCCUUUUGAAGAACACGGUACUUUGGCCAUUGUCAAUGCCAGAUAUACGUUCCCACAAUACCCUGUAUACUCGCCUCGACUUCAACAUCUGAUAGCUUCAAUGCUCGUGGAACAGCCGAGCAGACGUCCGACUGUGUUUGAGAUAUUGAAAACUGCACACGAAAUGAUUGGUUCAAAGCCCGAGAUUGACUACCCCACUCCAUCUCGUUCACUAUCCUCGUCUCAACCGAGACCUGCGCCGAGCCAACGACAUCAAUCCAAUCCUAAUCUCCUCGACUUCACGUCCCCGGCUUCUUCCAUCGAUCGCACACCCGUCAUGCAACCUUCACUAGCAUCUUCCGUCCAGCCACAACGUCGUGGUAGACCGACUCGAGAAUCCGCUCCCACUUUUUCAAUCUCGGCUUCUCAAUCGCAACCCAACACUCUGCUCAAGUCGCUGCCAUCACGUCCAAUGGCACCCCCGAGACCGCAGGUCACAGGCGAGCGCCCAGGGGCUAUGAACCCACCGUCACCAGUGGACGCUUUUGGCAUGCCCUCUCUGGCAAAUGUGGGGAGAAGUAAUUCUUCCGGACAGUCAGGAUUUGGAGACUCGUUCAGCGCUCCGCAACCCCGGCCAGGCGUCGCGUCACGUCAACCAUCAAACACGCAUCUUCGACGAUCGUCCUCGACUUUUGGGGAUACUUUCUCCGGUGUGAAGGGACAGACUCAAGGCAACGAAGUAAGGAAGGUAUCUCAGCCUACAUCGAUGCCUGGUCUUAGCAGGUCCAACACCACUUUGUCACGUAUCGAACCAAAGACGUCUCCGGCACGCAAACCCGACGGUGACUCAAGCUUCGAAUCGCGUUUCCCUUCAAUUGAAGUUUUGGCUCUUGCAGGUGAACCUUCCCGCCCGCCCGUGUCUCGACCAUCCUCGACAAGUACGAACCUUCUCACUCCAGCAAUGUCAUCUCUACCUAAACCUCCCUUGAUAUCCAAACCUUCGCUCAUGGGCAAUCUCACAGGUGGGGAUCUUAAGUCCUCUCAGGCCCCAGGGACCGUCCAGCAUGCCGCAUUACCUCGAUCGACCAACGUCACAGGUACAAUGUUUAAGAAUACGCUUGCAAGGCCCCUCAGGUCCUCGUCACCCGUCCGAGAUCAAGCAGAGUCUACUGAGCAAAGAAAGGCAGUCUACGACAAGUCGCCCUCGCUUAAAGCCGAAGUCUCACCUCGACUAUCAACGCCAGAUUUCAUUACCUCCCAUGAAACCCACUCUGUCGUCCUCUCCAUCCACCAGUAUCAACUUUCCUCCUUCUCCAGCCGCCGCAAAGUCGCCUCCUCUCACAGGACACUCUCGACCCCUCUUGCCAAAUAUGGAUUCUGGCAAACCCAGCUCGAAUUUCAAUGA